GGGUAUUAGGUUGUACAUUAUGGAUAGGUUCGUAAUUAAGUACAACAUGCUGAUGGACACCCCGGAUAUGCUGUGCCCUAGAAUUAGGAAGAGUGUAGAGAAAGUAAAGGAAUUUGCUAGGUUGUGCAUUGCUAGGCAGACAUUGGCGGAGAAGUGCAAAGUGAAGAUGGGUGAGAAUGGCUACAUAGUGGACCUAAAUGAUAUGAGCUGUACAUGUGGAUACUGGCAAUUGAGUGGGCUGCCUUGUUGCCAUGCUGUCUCGGCAAUUUCACAUAUGAGGAAGGAGGUGGACGAUUAUGUACAUCCUUGUUACAAGGCCCACCAUGUCGAGGGAGGCUACAGGGUUGGAAUCCCUUGCUUAGAUGGCAGGCAAGCUUGGCCAGAUGUUAUUGGUCUUCCAGUUCAUCCGGGAAGGCCUAAGAAGAAGUGACGAAGGGCUGCUCACGAGUUGGAAACGAGACCUCAACGGAAUGGAGUUGGCGAGGAGGUAACUAGAAGGGGGAGUAUCAUACAUUGAAAGAAAUGUGGUGUUGAGGG